CCUACGUGUGUGCGCGCAUUGACUGUGGCAUACACACAUGCAUCCAUCGAUUGUCGCCAUAAAUAAGCAAGCAGGCAGCGUCAUCACAGAACCACACAACUGACAGGCUGACGCGGGCGGUCGCCAAGCAAGCUCCAGGUACCGUGGACUCUGCUCGUCGGGGAGAACACAUCGCCAUCCCUUGUGGGGCCGGGGGAGAGGCCGGGGGAGAGGCGGAGUUCUCACACUUCCACCAGAGACCACCAUACCCCAUCGAGCAAGCUUGGCGUUGACAAAAGGCCGACAUACGACGCAUCUCUCUCUCCCCCCCACCCAAUUCACUCACUGCCUCUUCCUUCUCUUUUUUCUUUCCUUGAAGUCGCUCUUGCUCCCCUCCUGGGCUCUCUGCUGCAGCUCCCCAUACUUGCGCUUACUCCACUUGUCAACCUCAGCACUCUUAAGCAGGUCGCUUAGCAGACUCUCGCCGCCCCGCCUGUUCCGCCGCCUGCUCAGCGCCCCCCUGGCGAUGCUCUCCCUCCCCCCGCCCACCCCAGGCAUCCCCCCCUCCACCACCUUGGCAAUGUGGAAGUGAGUCGGCAGCUUCUUAGAGUCCUGGCCCUUGUAGAACCGCUUCGGGUCAGCCACACCCCGCAGACGCAAAGCCAGCAGCUCGUUCUUCACCUCGGGGGUCAGUUCCUGCUUGGGCAGGCCGAACCACUGGUCCAGCUUGUCGGCCUGCUCCUUCUUGCGCUGCUUCUGCCGCUCCUUGGUGCUGUCGAGAGGAGCGGCCUGCAGGGGGGAGGACAACGACUGCAUCUGGACCACUUGAGGGGGGAGCUUGGCCUUAAGCUGCUCGAUGGUUCGCUGACGCGCCGAGAGAGCCGACUGCGUGUUUGUGGCGGAUGCGGGGAGGGGGUCGUCUUUGGCCGUGGUUCGUUUCUUCUUGCCGUGAUAGUGCUGCAGGAGCCUGACGUUGCUGCGUAGGUCGACUGUGGUGUCAUGCUGGCUGUCGUCGAGUGCUGAGAUGUCGAUGGCCUCAAGCUCUGGGACGCUGGUGGGGAUGAGGGGACGCGCAGAAGCCGCCUUGACCUUGCCCAGAUCAGAUGACGCUGACAUCGGGAUGAAAAAGAUGCUCGAAGAGAUCCACAGCGCGGGAAGAAGGGGAAAGAACGAGGAAAGUGGGAAGAAUGGCGACAAGUGCCAAGCUCGCAUGAAGCGACUAGAGGAUUGAACGAAUGGCUCGGGUGCACUGGCAGCGCUGGACGGUCCCGAGUAGGUGCUGUGAGGUGAAAUCGAUGGGUUGGUGCAUUGCGCCGCACAACGCUGUUUCAUCUCAGUGACACGUGAUCAUUAAGUAAGACUGGCAUUACAGUGUCACCAGACAAGAGCCGGUUGCGAAAGCGUCCCUGUCAUGGGGGAAGGAACGGUUGCGAAAAGGAGGCAGAUCGUCG